AUGACCGUUUGUAUAAUAUUACAGUCCAACUGGAAAACAAAUGCUCUGGAAGUUGCUGUCUUAUUGGAUACACAUAAAUACACAAAUAUCAUUGACAGUAGACAAGACCUAAUUUCACAAUUAUCAAAACUAUCAGUAAAUUCAUGCAUCGUAAAACCGACAAAUGAGUGGCCAAAGAUGUUUUAUGUCAAGUAUCUUGGCUCAGAAAAUGUACAAUACAUGUGGGGAAUUGAUAAAAUCAGAGAGCCCAUUGACAAUAUGGUAGCUGUUGCAAAAAAAUUUCGUAAUAAUAUAUUAUUGCCACUCAUAGAAAUAAUUAUUUUACAUGAAGAAAUUAUUAUUACACCAAUUUGUGAUACAAAAUCACCAAAAAAACUGUCAACUAAAAAAUUUUCAAUUGAAAAAAUUUCAUAUGCAACACGAGAUAAUGUGUACACUAAAAUUUGGUCAAUGAUUGUCGUUCAUGAUACAAUGCCAAUUGAUAAAUAUUCACUUUAUGAAUGUCAUGGAUUUGUUUGUAAAUCAAAACAUCAUGCAGAACAAAUAACAAUAGCUCUUGAAAAUGCAUUUAAAAUUUAUUUGAUGAAA